AUGCGCCCUCAGCAUUCUAGCCCGGAGGCGUUUCGACAGAUGGCCGCAGAGCGAGACCGUGAUGCGGAGAUCGAGGCCGUCGAGGCGAAAAUUCGCAAAAUGAACUCCAAGGUCCACCGAGCCACGAGUUCGGCCCCCGAAAUAGAUCGUGUCCUGCAGGAGACGCAAAACACACCGUUCACGCACCGAAUUGCCUCCACCCCUUUCCGCCACGUCAGCAAAGUGAAGCUCCCACCUUACGCCGGAGAUACUGACCCCACGCAGUAUCUAACGGCAUUCACCAUCGCCAUGGGACGAGCUCACUUCACGCCCGAAGAGCGCGAGGCCGGACACUGCCAACUCUUCGUGGAAAACCUGGUCGGCCCCUCCCUGACUUGGUUCUCCAGGUUGGAGACGCACUCGAUCGAUAGCUUCAAGGUGCUCUCGACCGCCUUCCUCAAACAUUAUUCCAUAUUUAUCCAGCGUUCUGCUUCAACCGCCAAUCUCUGGGCCUUGAGCCAGGGACCGAAAGAGUCCCUCCGGUCGUUCAUCGAGCGCUUCAAAGCGACGGCCUUCCGCGCCUCAGUGUCGGACGAGUCCGCCAUCCCAGCCCUUCGACUCGGCCUUCAAAGACGAACUAAAGCUCAACGCGCCGCACACUCUGGAAGACGCAUUACACCGCGCCGGGUUAUCGAGGAGGAGAAGGCAAGUCUUAGGAAGCUCGCUUCCCAGAAAAAUCCACCUCAAAAGGAAAGGGCUCAGGACGAAUACCACGAACCCCGCCAGCACUACGACGAGGAAUAUCAGCGCAGGCAGGCCGAAACUUUUCUCAUCAGCGACGCGUUGACCUCGUGUCCUGUCGAAGAAGCUCAAGCCGUCUUCCGCGUAGACAGCCCCCACUGUGCAGUCGAUACGCAGUAUAACCGACCUGGGAUGGUCGUACCCAGCUCAUCGCAGCAGUAUUAUCAGCAACCUCUCCCAUCAAACAAAUGGUAUCGCACCGUCGAGGCUCCGCCGCCGGCCCAGUCGCCGCCCCCGGCUCAGGUCGUCCAAGAGCGAGCUGCCGCUCCUGCUACCAGAGACAACCAGGCGUUCUGCGAGUAUCACCAACUGAAGGGGCACUCAACCGAGCAGUGCCGCAAACUUCAGGAAGCUCUCCUUGCUCAGUACCAAAAGGGGGGAAUUAGAGUCCUCCAGCAGCAACCACGCGGCCGAGGUCGUAAUGAUAACCGGCGUCGUCAAGACAACCGAGCUCAACAAGAUAAUCACCGCCAGCGCUCUCCCUCUCGCGAGAAUGAUAGAGUCCAGCCCGUCCAUCAACAACAGCAACAGCAGGUCGCACCUCAGAGACAGGCGUCCCCACCGCCGGCUCGGAAAAUGAUCGGAAUGAUCAUGGGCGGCCUAUUGUCCUGCAACGAUUCGGUUCGCUUGAUCAAAGUCCACGAGCGAAAGUCCACCCCGACAGAGAUGUGGGUGGCAAAGAUCAGAGCAACCAACGCUCAGGACAUGAGCGAUAAAGGAAUAACGUUCUCCGAGGAGGACGCCGAGGGAGUCGACCAACCUCACAACGACCCCCUCGUCAUCCAAAUUCGCGUAGCAGACUGCGAUGUGACUCGGGUACUUGUCGACACAGGCAGCUCGGUAGAUCUCAUCUUCAAAGAAGCCCUCAAGAAGAUGGACUUACACGGCGUCGAGAUGAAGCCGACCCUCACUCCCCUGACCGGCUUCGCAGGGGAUACUAUCACAUCGAUAGGGACGAUCAAGCUGCCGGUCUACGUAGGUCGGGUAACAAAAAUAGUCAAAUUCACCGUCAUCGACCGUCCAGCUAUAUACAAUAUCAUCCUUGGAACUCCUUGGCUGCAUUCAAUGAAGGCGGUCACCUCGACCUACCACCAGUGCCUCAAGUUCCCCAACCAGGCCGGCACGUUCACAGUCCGGAGCGACCAGAGGAUCUCGCGCUCGUGCUUCAUUAUCGAGCACAAGCUCCGCAAUGCUGCCCGCACCCAGCUGUGCGCCACGAUAAGCCACAACGGAGUUCCUGCCUGCAACAUACUUGGUCCCGAGCUGCCAGGGGAACCAAGCGAAGCAGAUCGCCCUCUCUGA